AUGACAGCACCACUCAACCUACGACUAUGCCAGGAAGAUUCACCUGCAUUUCGUAGAGAGCUUGCACUAUGUGAAGAAUCAGUUUUCGGACUAGAGAACACGAUAAAGAGUCUUGUGAAAUUGGCGAAAUCUAGCGUGGAGCUUGCUACUGAAUAUACAAUGAAACAACUUCAAUUCGCACAGGAGCUCGGAAACUUUGCUAACCAACAACCUAAUUCAUUAAUAAGUGAGUUUAUUUUGCGUAUGACCUAUAAACAAACUUAUCACAUAAUGUUACCUGAAUCUGUACUGACGAAAUACUCAUCGUCGCUCCAAGAAGUAGAAAGGAGUCGGAAAAUGCUCCAUCUACAUAUGAGUGAUAUGUUCAUUGAACCAUUAGAAGCAUUUAGCAAAAACGAAAUAGCGCCUUUAAAGGAAGUCAAGAAAAAUUUCGAAAGGGCAAGUAACGAAGCAGACAACGCGUUGUCAAAGUACAUGAGCAAGCGACCGAAAGAUCAAAUGAUUCCAGAGGCAUCAGCUGAAGUCACAGAUACCCGACGAGAAUUUCAUCGACGGUAUCUAGAAUACGUGUCAAAGCUUAACCAACUACAUGCGAAAAAGAAAUUUGAGUUUAUGGAAUAUAUAUUGGCAUUAAUGUUUACAGAGUCAGCAUUCUAUCACCAAAAUUACGAGACAAUGAAAGACCUAGAGCCAUAUAUGAAGGAUGUGACAAGAAUGCUUCAUGAGGCACGCGCGCAAUACAACAACGAUCUAAUAGAUUCUCAAGGACUCAAAAAAACUUUAAUAGAGACAGCCCACGAAACUUACAAUCCGAUGCGACCAGCAACCAAAGAAUUAACCAAUGAAGGCUACACCCGUCUACAAACCGACGGUAACACUCAAUCAUCAGUUGUUCCAAUACCCAAAAAAUCCGGCUACCUAUUCAAAAAAGGGAGUCAACGUGUUCUCCAAUCAUGGACGCGUCGUUACUUUACUAUCGAAGGUGAAUACCUGACUUCGUGUACCCGAAAUGGCAAGGUAUCCGCUAAAGAAGACGAAGAUUCCCUUACGAUAAAUCUUAGAGUUUGUCAUAUUAAACCAGUAGUCAAUUCUGAUAGACGAUUUUGUUUUGAGAUAAUUUCUCCAAUGAGGACUUAUGUGCUGCAGGCAGAAAAUCAAGAGGAAAUGGAUGAUUGGGUGAAAUGUCUCCAGACGGCAGCUAAGGAAGCGAUAUAUGCUGACCAAACACCAGCGUCUUUUGAAGGUGAUUCGGGAGAAUUCAAUGAACUUUUGCAUUAUGAACUAGUCAACGGAAACGGACAUUCUAUUGAGAAUGGCACCAACGAUACAUCGCAGAAAGCCAAUCGACCCUCAAUACACCAAAUAAUGGAACUACCAGGGAACGACAUAUGUGUAGACUGCAAAUCUCCCGGUCCGCAAUGGGCCAGCACUAAUUUCGGCACCUUAUUAUGCAUCGAAUGCUCGGGUAUUCAUCGAAGUCUCGGAGUACACGUGAGUAAAGUUCGAUCGUUAACUCUGGACAAAUGGGAGCCUGAGGCGAUUGAAGUUAUGCUUAAAUUAGGGAAUGAGAAGGUGAAUCAGAUAUAUGAGGCCCAAAUGUUAAAUGAUUUUGAUUCGGAGCUAAAUAGAGCUGAUUGGGACAAGUUUAUAAUAUCAAAAUAUGCGAAAAAGGAAUUUAUUUCUCAAAAAGACAUAAAUGUGCUUUCAAUCCAUCAGGCAUUUUGGGAUGCCAUGAACGAAACCGAUUUGGUCGAGGCGCUUCGAUACUUAUCUCUUGGGGCUGACGUCGAUUACAAAAAUCAAGAAAAAAAUUUCACAACCGCUUUGCAUCAAGCCAUUCUACGGAGUGAUGAUGUGGCCGUAGAAUUUUUACUACAAUGGUUCUGUGAUAUUAAUGCGGUGGAUAAUGACGGGUGGAGUGGAUUGCAUCACGCUGCAGCAAUGAAUAAUGCACGAUUAUUGUUGAAUUUGAUGAAGAGACAUGCAAAUAUUACAUUGAAAGAUAAUAAUAAUAAGGCUCCAGUGGAUAUCGCAUUAGAAAAGCAACAUGUUCAAGCAGUGACAGCACUUCGUCUUUACCAAUUUGAAAGUCAACUAACACAUUCGGAAUAUUCCAGUUUUGGAGUCGAUGAAGCACUAACAAGUAUGAGCAAACCCUCCCUUCGUAGUUUAAAUCUAAAUCUUUCGACUACCAACGAUACCACAACCUCUAAUGCAGGCAAAGUUCGCAGCGCGCCAACAACUCCUCCAUCAUCAUCACAACCAAAUCCUGAUGAUGCUACCACAAGAACUAGCGUCGAUAACGCUGGUAUAAUACCACCGCUGAAUACCAAUAGUUUGGGUGGAAGAUUUACGUUUUCGUCGUUGAAACUUCCCAGUUUCGGAUCAUUGUCCUGGGAGGCGAUUGAUAACGACUAG